CUCUGGCUCUUCAGCCUACUGCAUCUCUUGGGUGUUUCCUUCAUCGUGACUGUUGGUAGACGGCUUCAGAGAACACCCAAGCGAUACCUUACCUUUCUGUGAGCCAUGUUUCCUCGUCCAGAGUACGAUAUUUUCGAAAGAGGGGGGCCUUCCACAUCCGCAAAUCCUCUAGGGAGAGCCGAGACGGGUAACAGAAGAACGGCAUUUCACGAAGCCAAAGUGCCAAGGCAGCGACCAGAUCUGUCAUUUCUUGACAGAAAUAAUACUGAAAGCGAUGCAACCAAGGCCCUCCAACAUAAAAUUGCAUGGCAGUCCGGUAUGCUGCCUUUUGUGCCAGCAGCACCACAGGUGCCGCAGGAUCAGUAGAUGCGGGAGUACCAUGCUAAAGCAAAAGCAGAAUACAUUAAGCGGCACCAAAGGGAACCAUCUCCUCCCAUAGCAUCCCCGCCCGAUAACGAAGAAGCUCCUGCCAAUUCCAAAGGGAAAGAACGAAUGAGAGAGGAACAAACGAGUGAAGAGCGAGUUCGGGAAUGGCAAUCGAAAAGUGCGAGUCCGGGCGAUGACGAUAGUCGAAGAGCUCAGGGCGAUCGGUCAGAUGAGUCGAGUUCGGGUUCUGUCACUGAGUCAUCAUUGGAUUUCAGUUUUGACGGAGAUUCGAUUGAUGUUGCUGUGCCCCCUACGUUUCCUAGCUUUGCGAAAAGGUCCCGAGCUGCCCCAUCCUACAAGGUACCGAGACCUUUCGCUCCCCCAAACCCUCCUGCUGGUAGACAGCAUUCCCGUCUCAAUAGACAAAGAUCCUGGCGACAUCAAUCAUUUCCAGAACCUCCGUAUGGGGGACGAGGUAAACCUGCAAUGGGAGAAGCCCCAAUCAACACCCCGAUGUCUACGUUCUAUCAUUUACCUCAACAAUCUGAGGCUGAAACCCCCUAUAACCCAUAUGACAUCUCAGAGGCUAUGAAAGACCAGUCACCUCGACAGAGUAAGGCGAAUCAACCCAAGGUCAAUGUCGAUCCCCAGAACCCUCAGGAUAUCACAAUUCAUACAGAGCUUGUUGCGACUAUUGACCUGGAAGAGGAGCUAGAGGACUAUUCAAGACUGGUGAGACUGGGGCGUUUCAAGGCUGCUCAGAAAUUCUUCACCUACAAGCUUUCGGGUUUCAUAGAAAACUCAUAUGUUCUGGACCACUAUUGCGAGGGCCUUGCCGCAAUGCCAGAUUUCCAUAAACUCUCACAGAUUGGGGAAACCUUUGUCCCGGGACCUCAAUGUGGAGUUGUUCAAGCUCAUACUUAUAUGCUGCUAUCUAAGGCCGAUUUCGUUGGGGGAGUCAGUAUGUUAUCUCGGGCCGCAAAUAGGCAACCACCAGACUGGGAGAAUUGUAUGAAGACAGUAUGGGAACACUGGCCCAAGUUAGACUCCACAGAGAUUCAGAUACUAGCUGGCGGGCUUUCCCCGAAGGAGAAUGUCGCGAAGUUCCACCACAAUGAGAUUGCCGAAGUAUACUUACACUUGAGGGCAGAGGGCAGGAUAUGGGAAUUUGGGGACUUGCUUCAAGUACUCCUACGUGGAUCGCGAGAACCCGCUUGCCAAGUAUUGGAAGUCUUACUUCAUUGCGACCUUGGUGACGGUAGAGACCGUUUGAUAAAACUAAUCCAAGCUAUCGAAGAGGAUUGGAGCGUGGCCGAGACAAACGAGGAGACCUCCUUUGCUCUACUGGAAAUAUUCACAACUAUAGUUUUGGAUUCGAUGUGUCAAUCAGAGAAUAUCGGACUGGUAAACACGAUAUUCGAAUUUUCCCGGAAGAAGGCACUGGAUGUUCUUGAACUCAAUCCAACCAACUCAAAGUCUCGACCAUAUCUUCGGUGGAUCAUAUCGAAAGUCUUGCUGGAACAGUACCGCGACCCACGUAUCACUGGCUUCUUCUCACUCAAGCGAUGUCUCCACAACUUUCCUGGACACCGAAUCGCUCCAAAUUUGUCUGAUCUUCCAAAACUGUGUAUGAUUUCGUAUGCACCAGACGAAGAUGAAGCCCCAAGGUGGAGUCCCGAUCCAACUACUACGAUCGGACACGAUGAGGUCCUUCGAACGGUGCUUGGCGUGGCAGAAGAGCUUGGGGAUGUUUGGAUGCAGGCGACUUGUCUCCAGUUGCUAAUUUAUCAAAGCCCAGAGCCGAGAACUCUGCUUUACAGCCUGGAUGAUUUGUGGCGCUCGGCAGGAACACACCAGAGACAUCUCGAAACCCGCCUGUAUCGCUACAUACCUGAAGCUUUAAGGACUACUGAAGACCGCGCUGGCCUCCAGAGACAGAUUCUUCUGUCUGCCAAAGCUUCAUCUCAAGGAUUGAAGCCUUACGCAGAGUACAUGAUCCUCAGAGCGUUGGCAACUAGACAGGAGGAGAAGGACUCCUAUCUCGAAAGAGCAAUGGAUGCCUUGAACUCAUCAUUCCAGGGUUAUGUACCCCAAAGUCAUACUCAGUUUCCCACUGAGAAUCCAUCGGCACGAAACACUGCAGGCCACGAUUGGAUAAAUGGAAACAUCUCAGCACCUCUAGGCGGGCCGUGGCAAAAUAUUCCAUCUGGAACAUCUGGAGAAGCGAACUAUGUCGGCACACAAUAUCCACACAUGGGAUACGCACCGGCGCAAGGAAACACGUAUGCAGCAGGCUUAGCUCCAUUCCGAGAAACGAGAACGACGGGAAAUCCAGGUUACAUAGGUGUUCCCACAAACACUCCUUAUGUAACCUCGAACGACCGAUUUGGGUGGACAGGAGGAGCACAAAGUGGCCCUUUCGGCCAAUAUCAGACGAAUUUUGGAACACCUUACGCACAGAAUCAGUUCCCUCAUCGUCAGCCACCGCAACCACCACCACCACCACCACCUCCUCCUCCUCCUUCUCCCCCUCCUACUAAAACCCCAGCUACUGGCACAAACUUCGACUGGGGAAGACAACAUCCCUCUGGGCCAGGUCCAAAAACCAAACUGAAAAAUGAGUGACAUGUUGGAAGUCUCAGAUGUAACUUCCGAGUUGUAUCUCAAUAAGCAUUAGGAUCUAUGAAGAGCUUAGCAAGAGAAAAUCCUAAGACGAUGACUACAAAGACUUACACGCACACAUGACACAGGGGUUUCAAAGGAAAUAGUCUGCCGCGUCCCGGAAGAGAGGAAUGACGAUAUAUGGGAAGGCUAGUCAGUGACUCACACGUGAAGCUUUAUGUGAAUGAUGUGAUUGCGACUGCUGCAUGGAUCGGGUCAGGCCUUCAACUGAUGUUUCAAUGUUGCAUGCAGCAUGUGCUCCAUCGCGAAAUCCCACCAUCCACUUCAUAAAGUAUUAUUUGAC